GACCAUUUUUAGAACGAUCUGAAUCGAACUAACCAUAUCAAUAAGGCAAAAAAUGGAGAUGAAAGAAGAAGAGAACAAAGGAAUAGAAGGCAAAGUUGUAGCCGUGACGGGUGGGUUGGGUUUAGUUGGCUCCACUGUGUGCCUUGAGCUGCUCCGCCGUGGCGCUCUCCAAGUCCGCUCCUUCGACUGCCGCACUACUUCUCCUUGGUCCGACAAUCUCAAAGAAUCCGGCGUCCACUGCAUACAUGGAGAUGUUGUGAGUAGAGAGGACGUCGAAGAGGCUCUUCAAGGAGUGGACCUUGUGAUUCAUCUUGCUUCGUACGGUGGUUCGGGUAAGGAAAUGAUUAGGACUCAUCGGAUCGAAGAAGUCAACGUGGAAGGGACGCGUAACGUAUUGGAAACAUGUGUCAAGAAAGGGAUCACGAGGUUAGUGUAUUUGAGCACCAACGGUGUCGUUUCUGGUGGGAAAGAACUUGAAAAUGGAGAUGAAACUCUACCUUAUGUACCUUACAACAACUACGUCAGUUCUUAUGAUCGGACUAAAUCUAUCGCCGAACAGUUGGUUCUAGAGAACAACGGUCGAGUUGUUGAAAAUGGACGUGGAAGUCUUUUAUCUACUUGUGCGAUUCGUUGCCCGAUCGUUUAUGGACCGGCUGAAGAGAAGUAUCUUGAUAGGAUAAUAUCUGAUGCAAGAUUGGGUUUAUUCCUCUUCAAAAUCGGUGAUGCAAGCUCAAAAACCGACUUUAUUUAUGUGGAUAACAUUGUAUACGCUCUCAUGUUGGCAACCGCCGAUUUACUCAAUCAACAUUCGAAAGCCGCAGGGAAGGCCUACAUUGUUUCCGAUGGUAAUCCGAUAAACUUUUUCGAAUUUCUUCGGCCACUUUUAAUGAAUCUUGAUUAUGAACUACCAAAGUCAUCCCUAUCUAUCCCGGUUGCGGUUUUACUUGGAAAAAUAUGUGAAGCAAUAUACACAAUGCUAUCACCACUACUAAACCAAGGGUGGAUUCCACAACCAUUGAUUCUUCCUCCCGAAGUUUACAAGGUGGGGGUGACUCAUUACUACUCGAUCCGCAAAGCCAAGGAGGAACUCGGGUACGAGCCCACGACACAACCUGAAGAAGCCAUGACCAAAACCAAUUCCUAUUUUAAAGACAAGAAAAGGAGAGAAGUCGAUGGUCCAAGCAUCUACGCAUGGAUUUUCUGUGUGAUUGGGUUGCCUAGCAUUAUAUCAGUCGCGUGGCUACCGGACAUUGGACCCAUACCAUUCUUUCGAGUCAUUGCGCUGUUUAUCUUUAGGUCGAUGUUAGUGUUACGCAUAGCAUCGGGGAUUGUGGUGACAACGCACGUGAGUGAAGCAGUGUACGCGUUAUGGCUGGCUCGGAGAGUGGAUCCCAAGAAUGCAAAGGCUUGGUUUUGGCGGACGUUACUUCUCGCUACUUUCUCGCUUCGAUUACUUUUGAAAAGAGCCAAGGAAGCAAAGCAAUCUACACUAAGAGAAGGUCUUCUAACCAUUUCGGGGUCCUCAGUUGCUUGAAGCUUCAUCACGUCAAUCUAAACCAAGGUUCAAAUAUUAAAACUAGUACAUAUAUAUCACAUUGUUAAUCAUUUUCUACGUUUUAAAUGGGAAAAAUACUUAGCCGUGGA